GGAGGCAGAGCCUUCUUCCUGUGCGGUCCUGUGCCAUGCCCAGAUACGAGGGCACAGUUAUUAUCUCCCAGAUACAUUAGGCAGCUGCAGAAGGGAAUUGGCAGAGGUUCCCUCUCGGCCUGGCCAGACCACGUUCGGUGACACAGCAGAAAGGGGAGGUUGGCAGCAGCUGUUGGAGCAAUCUCCUGCUCACAAACAGCUGUUUGCUGCUUCCCCUCCUGCCUGCCCUGGAAAUGGGUUUGAGAAGAGCUGGGGAUUUCUCACAGUCCUCGUGGGAGGGGCAGAAGUGACAAGUGCAGGAGUCACCUUUUGCAGCCUGGAGUUAUCCUGGAAGGAGAUGUGGGAAGUCCAAGAAGGGAGCAUGGACCAGCCCAGUGGAAGGAGUUUCAUGCAAGUUCUGUGUGAGAAAUACAGCCCUGAGAACUUCCCCUACCGCCGUGGGCCUGGCAUGGGGGUGCACGUCCCGGCCACCCCACAGGGCUCACCCAUGAAAGACCGCCUGAACCUGCCCAGUGUGCUGGUGCUCAACAGCUGUGGCAUCACCUGUGCCGGGGACGAGAACGAGAUCGCCGCCUUCUGCGCCCACGUCUUCGAGCUCGACCUCUCUGACAACAAACUGGAAGACUGGCACGAGGUCAGUAAAAUUGUGUCCAACGUCCCCCACUUGGAGUUUCUAAACCUGAGUUCCAACCCUCUCAGUUUGUCCGUUUUAGAGAGAAGUUGCGCUGGGUCUUUCGCUGGCGUCCGCAAACUUGUGCUCAACAACAGCAAAGCUUCCUGGGAAACAGUGCACACCAUCCUGCAGGAAUUACCAGACUUGGAGGAGCUCUUCCUGUGCCUUAAUGACUACGAAACAGUGUCUUGUUCUCCAGUUUGCUGUCAGUCUCUCAAGCUACUCCACAUAACUGACAAUAAUCUUCAAGACUGGACUGAAAUCCGAAAGUUGGGAAUUAUGUUUCCAUCACUGGACACGCUUAUCCUGGCUAACAACAACCUCACCACCAUUGAAGAGUCAGAAGAUUCCCUGGCAAGGCUCUUCCCCAACCUAAGAUCCAUCAACUUGCACAAGUCAGGUCUGCAUUGCUGGGAAGACAUUGACAAGUUAAAUUCUUUCCCCAAGCUGGAGGAAGUGAAAUUGCUGGGAAUUCCUCUGCUGCAGUCUUACACCACCGAGGAACGCAGGAAGCUGCUAAUAGCCAGGUUGCCAUCCAUCACCAAGCUCAACGGCAGCAUCGUGGCCGAUGGCGAGCGCGAGGACUCGGAGCGCUUCUUCAUCCGCUAUUACAUGGAGUUCCCCGAGGAGGAGGUCCCCUUCAGGUACCACGAGCUAGUGACCAAGUACGGGAAGCUGGAGCCCUUGGCGGUGGUGGAUCUGCGGCCCCAGAGCAGCGCCAAGGUGGAGGUUCACUUCCAGGACAAGGUGGAGGAGAUGUCCAUCCGCCUCGACCAGACUGUGGCAGAGCUGAAGAAGCACUUAAAAACUGUAGUGCAGCUGUCAACAAGCAACAUGCUGCUCUUCUAUCUGGACCAGGAAGCUCCUUUUGGUCCCGAGGAGAUGAAAUACAGCUCGCGGGCGCUGCAUUCCUACGGCAUCCGGGAUGGGGAUAAAAUCUACGUGGACACCCUUUGGCUGCUGAUGUUGGGGUUUGGUGCUGUUUUCUGUGGCCUCUGUGAAAUCAGGACUGUCCUGGCUGCCCUGAGGACUCUUCUCCCUCUCCUUCCAGCUCACACCACUGCAAGCCUGUAUCCAUUCUGGCAGAAUGACACCAAAACCCCCAAAGUCGAUGAUGGGAGCUCACCUGAAAUCAAGAUCUCUGUGCCAUUCAUCUUUUUUGGAGUCCCAUACAGAAGCAUUUAUGUCAACAACAACGGCGUCAUCUCCUUCAACGCCCUGGUGAGCCAGUUCACGCCCGAGGCCUUCCCGCUGACCGACGGCCGCGCCUUCGUGGCGCCCUUCUGGGCCGACGUGCACAACGGCAUCCGCGGGGAGAUCUUCUACCGGGAGAGCACGGAGCCCGAGCUGCUCCGCAGGGCCUCGCGGGACAUCCGCAGGCACUUCAGGGACAUGGCCUCCUUCUCCGCCCUCUGGGUCUUCAUCGUCACCUGGGAGGAGGUGACGUUCUACGGGGGAAGCAGCACCACGCCGGUGAACACGUUCCAGGCUGUCCUGAUCACAGACGGGGUGUCAUCCUUUGCCUUGUUUAACUACCACGAGAUCAGCUGGACCACGGGCACGGCCAGCGGAGGGGACCCCCUCACUGGUCUCGGCGGGGUGAUGGCUCAGGCUGGCUUCAAUGGUGGAAAUCUCACCAACUUUUUCAGCAUCCCAGGCUCCAGAACCCCAGACAUUGUCAAUAUUGAGGAAACAACCAACGUAAACGUCCCUGGGCGCUGGGCUUUCAAAAUAGAUGGCAAAGAAAUAGACCCGGCCAACGGCUGCAGCCUGAGAGGACAGUUUCUCCGUCAAGGGGAGAUCUUUUGGGACAACGCCAACUGCACCACCAAGUGCCGCUGCCUGGACUUCAACAAUGAGAUCCUCUGCCAGGACAUGGCCUGUGGCCCCUUCGAGGCGUGUGAGACCAAGAGCAAAUUCUUCCAGUGCGUGCCGGUGGAGAGCAGCACCUGCGUGGUGUUCGGAGAUCCACAUUACCACACCUUCGACGGCUUCCUCUUUCACUUCCAGGGUUCCUGCUCCUACCUCCUCGCCAGGCAGUGCUGGCCAGGCUCCCAGCUGCCCUACUUCAACGUGGAGGCCAAGAAUGAGAACCGAGGCGGCUCCUCCGUCUCCUGGCUGAGGGAUAUUUUUGUGGAGGUCUACUCGCACAAGAUUGUUCUCCCCAGGGGCGGCUUUGGGAAGGCAAAGGUGGACGACCUGGUGGUGUCCCUGCCCAUCUCCUUGGAACUGGGUGCAAUCAAGGUCUACCAAAGCGGCCUGUCCACCGCCCUGGAGACUGACUUUGGCCUGCUGGUGACCUACGAUGGACAGCACUACGCCUCCGUGUCCGUGCCGGGCUCGUACAUCAACGCCACGUGCGGGCUGUGCGGCAACUACAACAAAGACCCCGAGGACGACGUCCUGCGCUCGGACGGGAGGAUGGCCACGUCCGUGCCGGACCUGGGCGAGAGCUGGCGGGUGCCACACCCCGAGCGCAGGUGCUCCACGGGCUGCCUGGAGAACUGCAGCCUCUGCGACCCCGCCACCGAGGCUCUGUAUUUCACCCCCGACUACUGCGGCUUCAUCAACAAGAGCGGCGGGCCCCUCUGGGAGUGCGGCUCCGUCGUGGAUCCCACUGCCUUCAUCCACAGCUGUGUCUACGACCUCUGCAGCGCCAAGGACAACGGCACCGGGCUGUGCCAGGCCAUCCAGGCAUAUGCCACGGUGUGCCAGGCCCUGGGCAUCUCGGUGGGAGAGUGGAGGAGCCAGACGGGAUGCGCAGCGGCCGUGCAGUGCCCGGAGCUCAGCCAGUACUCGGUGUGUGCCAGCAGCUGCCCUGCCACCUGCUCAGACCUCACGGCCCCGCUGGCCUGCACCUCCCCCUGCACCGAGAGCUGCGAGUGUCCCGAGGGCCACGUCCUCAGCGCCGACCGCUGCGUGCCCGUGCAGGGCUGCGGCUGCGACGUGAACGGCCGCUACUUCCCCGUCGGGGAGUCCUUCUGGGCGUCACCAGACUGCACCGUGCAGUGCCACUGCGAGGCCGGCGGGGAGGCCAGGUGCUUCAAUACCACCUGCCCCGAGGGGGAGAUCUGCACCAUCGAGAACGGCUACCGGGGGUGCUACCCAAAGAGGGAGACCGUGUGUUUGGUGGGGCAGGACCAGGUGUUGCAGACCUUCGAUGGCAUCGCCUUCCCCUACCCGCUGGAACAGUCCUACACGCUUCUCAAGACCUGCCCAGAGAGGCCAGACUUCAUCGAGGUGGACAUCAACCAGAAGAAGGCCGGGUCCGCUCCCAACGGGCCGCGCGUCGUGCGUGUCCAAGCAGCCGGCCAAGAGGUGAAGAUUGGAGGCACCAGGCUGUCAGACAUCAAGGUGAAUGGUUAUGACGUGGAGCUGCCCUAUUUCCACCCCUCGGGGCGCCUGGAAAUCUACCGGACUGACAACAGCACCGUGAUGGAGUCCGAGGGGCUCCUGGCCAUCAGCUACUAUGACUCCGGCCUCCUGGAGAUCCGCCUCUCCACCUCCUACUUCAACUGCACCGGGGGCCUCUGCGGCCUCUUCAACGACAACGCCACUGACGAGUUCUACCUGCCCAAGGGCAAGUUCACGGACAACCUGGAGCUCUUCCUGGAGAGCUGGACCACCUUCGAUGAGAUCUGCAAUGGCGAGUGUGGGGACCUGCUCAUGGCUUGCAACAACGACUCGGAGCUGCUCAAGUCCUACAGGAGCCGCUCCAGCUGCGGCAUCAUCAACGACCCCACCAACAGCUCCUUCCUGGAGUGUCACAGCGUGGUCAACGUCUCGGCCUACUACAGGACAUGCCUUUUCCGCCUGUGCCAGAGCGGGGGCAACGUGUCGGAGCUGUGUGACUCGGUGGCACGCUACGCCAGCGCCUGCAAGAACGCCGAGGUGGACAUCGGCCAGUGGAGGAGCCACAGCUUCUGCCCUCUCUCCUGCCCGGAGAACAGCCACUUCGAGGAGUGCAUGAGCUGCGUGGAGACCUGCGAGAGCCUGGCCUCGGGCCCCGUGUGCAGGGACACCUGCUCGGAGGGCUGCCAGUGCGACGAGGGCUUCGCCCUGCGCGGCACCCGCUGCAUCCCGCGCCGCGAGUGCGGCUGCAACUUCGAGGGCCGGCAGCUGGCCACCAACCAGACCUUCUGGAUGGACAUCUCCUGCCACUUCCUGUGCUACUGCAACGGCUCAGACAACAGCGUGUACUGCGAGAACGUGUCCUGCAAGGACGACGAGUACUGCCUGGAGGAGAACGGCCUCUACUACUGCCACGUCCGCACCGACGCCUCCUGCAUCAUCUCGGGCUACGGGCACUACCUGACUUUUGAUGGCUACUCCUUCGACUUCCAGAGCAGCUGUGAGCUGGUGCUGUGCACCACCAUCUCCCGGCCCAGGGUGGAGCGCUCGGACACGUUCCCGGCGUUCACUGUCACGGCCAAGAACGAGGACCGGGACACCUCCCUGGCCCUGUGGGUGAAGCAGGUCGAAGUGGAGGUCUUUAAUUACAACAUCGUCAUCCACCGCGCCUACAAAUACACCGUGCUGGUCAACGACGAGCGCCUCUACCUGCCCCUGAAGCUGGGCCAAGGCAAGGUGAACAUCUUCGCCUUCGGUUUCCACAUCGUGGUGGAGACCGACUUCGGGCUGAAGGUGGUGUACGACUGGAAGACCUUCCUGUCCGUCACCAUCCCGAGGGCCUUCCAGAACCUCACCUACGGCCUCUGCGGCCGCUACAACGGCAACCCCGAGGACGACCUGGUGGCCGCGGCGGGGACGCCGGCCGCCAGCAUCGGUGACUUUGUGCAGAGCUGGGCCAAGCGGGACGCGUUCUGCCGCGUGGGCUGCGGCGACCGCUGCCCGGCCUGCGGCAAGGUGGAAGGGUUCUGGAAGCCCCAGCAGCUCUGCAGCCUCAUCCCCAGCCAGAGCGGGGUCUUCGCCAAGUGCCACAGCAAGAUCAACCCCGGCUUCUUCUACAAGAAUUGCCUUUUUGACACCUGCGUGGAUGGGGGGGCCAUGCAGACAGCGUGCAGCUGGCUGCAGAACUACGCCAGCACGUGCCAGACUCAGGGCAUUGCCAUCACUGGCUGGAGGAACUUCACCUCGUGCUCUGUUAGCUGUCCCCCCAACAGCCACUAUGAGAGCUGCGUGUCCCUGUGCCAGCCCCGAUGUGCCGCCAUCCGGCUGAAGAGCGACUGCAGCCACUACUGCGUGGAGGGCUGCCAGUGUGACCCUGGCUAUGUCCUCAAUGGCAAGAGCUGCAUCCUGCCCCACAACUGUGGCUGCUACUCUGACGGCAAAUACUACGAGCCCAAGCAGCUCUUCUGGAGCGGGGACUGCACCCGGCGGUGCCGCUGCUUCCGGCGCAACCUGAUCCAGUGCGACCCGCGGCACUGCAAGUCGGACGAGGAGUGCGCGCUGCGCAACGGCGUCCGCGGCUGCUUCAGCACCCGCAGCUCCUUCUGCCUGGCGGCCGGCGGCGGCGUCUUCCGCACCUUCGACGGCGCCUUCCUCCGCUUCCCUGCCAACUGCGCCUUCGUCCUCUCCACCAUCUGCCAGAAGCUGCCCGACUUCUCCUUCCAGCUCAUCAUCAACUUCGACAAGUGGUCCUCGCCCAACCUCACCGUCAUCUCCCCCGUGUACUUCUACAUCAACGAGGAGCAGAUCCUCAUCACGGACAGGAACACUGUCAAGGUGAACGGAAGCCUCGUGAGCAUCCCCUUCGUCACGGGGCUGUCCACCAAGAUCUUCAGCCAGGAGGGCUUCCUGGUCAUCGACUCCAGCCCCGACAUCCAGAUCCGCUACAACGGCUUCAACGUCAUCAAAAUCACCAUCGGGGAGCGGCUGCAGAACAAGGUGUGCGGCCUCUGCGGCAACUUCAACGGCGACCGCUCCGACGACUACGCCACGCUGCGGGGCAAGCCGGCCGUCAGCAGUGUGGUGCUGGCACAGAGCUGGAAAACCAACGGCAUGCAGAAGAGCUGCAACGAGCUGCAGUACUCGCAGUACGCCGCCUCCUGCGACAAUGUGCAGAUCCAGGAGCUGCAGAGUGACAGCUACUGCCUGAAGCUGACCGACAUGAAAGGCUUCUUCCAGCCCUGCUACGGCCUCCUGGACCCGCUGCCCUUUUACGAGUCCUGCUUUCUGGAUGGCUGCUACAACCACAAGAAGGUCCAGCUGUGCGGCUCGCUGGCUGCCUACGGAGAAGCCUGCCGGACCUUCGGCAUCCUGGGCACGGAGUGGAUCGAGAAGGAGAAUUGCUCAGGAGUGGUGGAAGAUCCCUGCGUGGGCGCCGACUGCCCCAACCGCACCUGCGAGCUGGACAACGGCGGGGAGCUGUGCGGCUGCAUUGAGCCCCCGCCCUAUGGGAACACAACCCACGACAUCAUUGAUGCAGAGGUGACCUGCAAGGCUGCCCAAAUGGAGGUGUCCAUUUCUAAGUGCAAGCUGUUCCAGCUGGGCUUUGAGCGUGAGGGCGUGCGGGUCAAUGACCGCCACUGCCCCGGCAUCGAAGGGGAGGACUUCAUCUCCUUCCAGAUCAACAACACCAAAGGCAACUGUGGCAACUUGGUGCAGUCCAACAGCACUCACAUAGUGUACAAGAACACAGUGUGGAUCGAGAGUGCCAACAACACGGGCAACAUCAUCACCCGGGACAGGACCAUCAACGUGGAGUUUUCCUGUGCCUAUGAGCUGGACAUCAAGAUCUCCCUGGAUUCAGUCGUGCGGCCAAUGCUCAGUGUAAUUAACCUGACGGUGCCGACGCAGGAAGGGAGCUUCACCACCAAGAUGGCCCUGUACAAGAACUCGUCCUACAAGCACCCGUACCGGCAGGGCGAGGUGGUGCUCACCACCCGGGACGUGCUCUACGUGGGGGUCUUCGUGGUGGGUGCUGACUCCAACCACUUGAUCCUGAUGCUGAACAAGUGCUACGCCACCCCCUCGCGGGACAGCAACGACAAACUGCGCUACUUCAUCAUCGAGGGGGGGUGCCAAAACAUGAAGGACAACACCAUUGGCAUAGAGGAGAACGGGGUGUCCCUGACCUGCCGCUUCCACGUCACCGUCUUCAAGUUCAUCGGGGACUACGACGAGGUUCACCUGCACUGCGCCGUCUCCCUCUGUGACUCCGAGAAAUACUCCUGCAAAAUCAACUGCCCUCAGCACACGAGGAUGGCCAGCGCCUUCGCCGAGGAGUCCAAGGAGCAGAUCCUCUCAGUGGGGCCCAUCAGGAGGAAGCGAUCGGACUGGUGCGAGGACAACGGAGGCUGUGAGCAGAUCUGCACGAGCCGGGCGGACGGGCCUCUGUGCAGCUGUGUGACAGGGACACUGCAAGGGGACGGCAAGAGCUGCAGGGCCUCGAGCUCUUCAGGGGAGCACCGAGCCCGAGUGACCCUCCUGGUGGUGGCCCAGCUGUGGCUGUGGCUGCGCUCAGCCCCGCGGCACCUGACCUCGUAGGCGCGGCCCCGCCGCCCAGCCAAAAACUGUUCUCGCGUCAGCCCGAGUCUUUGUAGGGUAGGAGACAGCCCCCCACGCCGUGGCCACACUGCUGCCCACCCGGCCAUGCUGCGAGGAGGCAAAGGGAUGUGACCUGCACAGAGCUGGGACGCAGACCCCGACGUGAAGGUGACGUGCAGCCGGCACAGCGGCAGCAACGGCAAGACUGAGCAGGAUGUACGCCAGCAGGGACUGGGGUUUGGGGGUUUUCUUACAGCUUUCCAUCAUUGAUGUGGACUCAAGGAAGGGUUUUGCAGCUUUUCCCCAGGCUCUCCCUUGAGGGGUGCACUGGAGGUGGCCCACACCACUGUUGGUAGUGUGGAUGGAGCACGUGCUGUCCCCUCACAUGGACAGCCGCAGGUCUCCACUGUCCUUGGGAGCUGCCACCAGGGUCUUACGAGCUCACAAACUCAAGCAGAGGUCGGUGUUGGGCCACAGGUCAUGGCCAGAGCAGUGCACUGCCAUCACUGGAUGCUGUGACACCUUGGGACCGUGUCACCCUCUGACUCUGCAGAGCAGAGGUGGUGCUGAGAUUUGGGUCAGGGAGCCAAACUCAUCCAUGGGGGUCUGGAAAUCCAGGCACUGUGCUGUGCCAAUAAUUGGGAAGAGGUGCUUUCUGGUGGGCAGGAACAAGAGUCAGAGGAAGGAGGGAUGAAAUUCCCUGCCGUGUUUGCGUGGUGUGCAAGGGGUGAGGUCAGAGCAGGGUUGGGGUCUGCGGGCACAGGGCAGCAUUGGGUGCCAGGUGAAAGAGUGGGGAGCAGCCUUGGGGUGCUGGUGGGUGUGGGGGGUCUGUCUGUGUUGGUGUCUCGUCUCGUGUUUGUACUCUGUGAAACGGCUGCGUGGGAAUAAAAAGUGUUGUAAUCCUUCGUAAGCACCGGGUCCUGUGUGAUGGGGGCGAGGACGGGGAGCAGCAGCAGGGCCUGGAGGGACACCAAGGCUGCAGAGAGUCCCUGGGAGGGAUGGACAGGGAGUUUUGGGGUGCCAGGCUGGGGCACACCAGAGCUGAGGGCAUGGGAUGGGGCUGGAGUGUGGGUCUGGCAGGUUUGCCAUGGGGUUGGCAGGGAUGUAGGGCAGAAGGAGCAGAGGAGAUUUGGGUUCUGGGGCAGGAGGGCAGCUGUUUCCCUUGCCUCAAGACAAGAGGUGGGUAAUAGAAUGUCCUGAACUCUGCUCUGCUUGUUUGCUGCCUCUCAGCUCCUCUCUGUGCCCUCUGUGUGUGGGUUAGCUCUGAAUUCUCUCCUUCACGCCUCUUUUCUGCCUGUGACUGCCUCCUUCCCCCAUCUCUGUGCCUCUUUGCUCUCUGUUCCCAGCCUGUCUCUCCCUGUCUGCCUCUGCCCUCUCUGUGCCUUUUUGCCAUCCCUUUCCUGUCCCUGCUCUCUGCCCCCUCUCUGGGCUUGCUCCCAGCUGGGCUCGGUCCCUCUGCCUCUCUGCCUUGGUCCUUUUGCUCUUUGUUCCUCUUUGCCCUCUCUCUCCCGGUAUUUUCUCUCUGCUCUCUCUGCCUCUGUGCCCUCUGCACCUCCCUCUUUGCUCUCCAGGUCUCCCAUCUCCUCUUCCAGUCUCUCUUUGCCUCCUCCUGUCCCGGGCCGUGUCUCCCACCCCUAUCUCGGCAUUAAUUAAUGAACUGGAGAGAUGAGCACAGAAAAACAUCCUAAAAUACCCCCCAGAGUCCCUGCACCAUCCAGCCCACCCUGGUAUUUGGUUUUUUGUUUAUUGAUGGGGACUUUAAAGCACUGCAGAGAUUUUAAAAGAGCUCAAGGUUUAAAGCCAAGUGGAACAGCUUGUGCUGCCUCUAAAAUAAAGUGGCUACAGGGACUUGGUGAUGAUUUUUGGGGGUUAAAAUUCCAUUUGUAAGCAUGGUUACUACAGGAAUAACUACACCUUUACUAGUGAAAAUUACUUUAGGUCAAGAUAUAACUUUUUUAUUCAGCUGCCUUGACAAAAAGCCCCACUGGAAAUAGUUUUCCCCCUUGUCUCUGUCCUACACUUGUCUGUAUUUCUGACACCAGCAGCUCGUAAAUAAUAAAAGGGACUCAAGUUUCUUUAUAAAUCAGUGUUUCUACAAAAUAAUAUCCAGUUUUAAUGUCUAUAACUUCAACAAAGUAUAAUCUUCUGGGCUGACUUUUAUAUUCUGAAGUUUCCCUUAAGUUCCACUGGGAAACAAUCAAAAGAAUUGACUGUAUCUUAAUAAAAAUAAGCUUGGGGGAUACAAUUUCUGCUCAUGUUGGGAAAAAUUCUGUACUUUUGGUGGCUGAGGCAAUGUCAGAAAUACAGUUUGGUGAAUCCCCCCACCCCUCCCUCCCACAUUUGCUAUAGUAGAACUUCACAAGAAAACAGAGUUACAGACCUUUCCAGCUAAAAGCAUUCCCAGAGCUGUGCAAGCAGGAGAUUCCCUUGGAUGCAGGAAUUUGGGUAGAGAACAAGCAAGAAAAAUGAUGGGAGCAAAACCCUUGCUGUGCUUCUCUGCUGGAGCCCUCACCCAGGCCCUGGAGAGGUGGAAAGGUGUGAC